UGUUGUGAUAAACUUAUUAAAUAGAAAUUGAAAUGAAGGAUAAGAGCUUAGUACCACCUCCCAUAUAUCCCUCCAUUGUUGUCCAUACUCCCAAUUCCUCACUCCCGACGACGCCUAACCCGAUGUCUCCCUAUGGCAACACCCAAGAACAGUAUGCAUUUGUCAACACUACAUCGAAUUACUCUCAUGAUCAGUUGAUCAGAUGGCGCCAUCUCGUUCUAAGUCGAUCCAAACUGAAAGCUUCUUCUGGAACCUCGGCUCUCCUAUCUGGGUUCGCAAUCAUAGCUUUAGUGGAAACUCAAAUUCAAUCUGGCUCAUCGGAUUCUACCGACAUUCCAGGUUCUUUGCUGGUGCUAUUCUCUGUAUGUACGACGAUUUUAAUUGCAGUACAUUUGCUGGCACUUCUAAUUUCAACGUGUAUUCUACCAAAUUUGGAGGUGGAGUUAGAAGACAGGUCAUAUAUGGUACAUGACAAACACAUUACUUACUACGUGGACCUUGCAUGGAUUCUCUCUACAGGCGUCGGGAUCAUGUUGUUCUUGGCUGAAAUUGCGCUGGUUUGUUGGAUUAAGUUCUGGCCUUACAAUGUGUAUGCAGCGAUAGCAGCUACAAUAAUAGUUAUUCCGCUAAUGUUUCUUUUUAUCUGCUUUGGAGUGAAGUUUUACUGGCAGCUGGCAACAAUGCAUACUGAUAAUUACAAUCGUCAUUUGGACAUGUUGCUUAGUGAUUCUCGCAAACUGCCCAAGACUAACAGUGUGAGCUCAAGUGGUGCCUCCCCUGGCCUAGCCGGGGGUAUAAUGAAUGCCUAGUUCUUCUUUAACCUGGACCAAAUACGAAGACGCAUCAAAUCGAAAAUCACGAAUAACGUUUCUGCAUCAAACGUGUUACAUUGGAAUAGGUUUUCACCAGUCUUCAAUACUAGUCUCUGAUUUUCAUGAAGAUCUACGUUUGAAAGAUGCAUUCACGUUUGAAUUAAGUUAGAAAAGUGUUUGAAUAUAAGUUCUAGAUUAGUCAUUUAUUGAGUGGGGAAGUCUCCUUUAUUUUAAUUCAAAAGGUAUUCAGAAUCGCAUAUUUCAAUACAAUAGAUGAUAAAUAUCA